UUCCAGGGCCUGGAGAUCAUGCAUUUCAGACUUUGAACUACAGAAAAUCCAACUGCCUAUGACAAAAAUUAAGGUCUUUGAUGGAGAACAAGCAAGAGUUAUAAAGAAUGAUGCUCUUUUUAAGAAAGAGAAUGCAGACAGUUUUGGAAAAGAAUCACACAGAGGCACAGAAACAGAAAUCAAGGCAGAUAACUCCCAAAAGCAUAAAAGCCAGUCCCAUGUGUUAAACAGAAAACAAUCAGGUUCUGUUCUCACAUAUGAAGGUGAUGCUAAUUCUGAUGGCAAUGGUGGAGGACAAACUAGGACAGGAUUGGAAGCUGAAUCCACUGUUUCUAAAGUUCAACAUUCUCCAGGUACAGUCCUACAAAGAUUAAAUUAUCAUGUAAUGAUUUAUGAUCACAAUUCAACUAAUGCAACUAUACAAAAUGUCUUCUAAAUUAUCACUUUUCAUGUAUUUCAAAAGUAUUACACAUGUGCUUAAGUUUAAAAUGACAUUUAACCCUGCAUCAUGCAUUUAUUGAAAAAGAAACAUCUGAAAGUUUCUAUUCUUAAAAGGCAAUGUAAAUUAAAAUUUUAUCAUCACACAGUACCCCACAUACUUAUUUUAAAUAGCAGUAAGCCUAUGAGCCACAAUGCUCACCUCAAUCAACUUGUUCCUGUUGUUCUUAAAAAAAAAUCCACCCUUUAUAGGGCUUUGCUUUUCAUUUUUCUACAUGAAAAUCUCUUCACACAAUUUCCUAUAUAAAUCUUCUAUCCUUCAUGAGGCCCCAA